AUGCAUGUGGACAUUAAGGAGGGGGAGAAGAGCAAUGUCUUCUCGCUGGGCCGGCAGUUGUUCAUCGAGGGGGAGACGUAUGAAGAUUUGGAUGAGAUCAUCGCGCGGUACGUGCAGCCGAUGGCCGCCUAUGCCCGCGACCUGACCGCCUUCAAGUACUUCAGGGAGCAGACGGGUGGGGGCACUCCUGGGGAUAUGAGCGCCGUGGAGAAGGCACUUAAUGAGGAGAAGCAGAAGGCGCCUUCGCGCAUUCCCUACAUUGUCACGCCCGCCGUGGAGAAGGCACUUAAUGAGGAGAAGCAGAAGGCGCCCUCGCGCAUUCCCUACAUUGUCACGCCGUCCAAAGAAUUCCCCGGCAAGUUCCUCCUCUCCUACCAGCCAAAGACGAACCCCUUCCACGAGUACAUCACCAUCACCACGGAGGGCUACCGCUACCGGAAGAUCACCUUCAAGACGAUCAACGCCCUCUUCAAGUGGUUCAAGGCGCACUUCAACGACUCGACGACCUUUCCGCGGACGCCCGGCCCGCCGCAGCUCAGCACGCCCAACAGCAUCAACGCCAGCCCCUAUGGGGCGGUUGGGGGCGGCGGCAGCAGCCAGAGGACGCCCGGCAUGGUCUCGCCCAUGGUUUCUGGUGGGGGGCGAAUGGCCACGGGUGGAAAUCACAUGGGCGGCGGUGGUGGUGGCUUUGGAGUGCCCACGCCGAACAUUAGCCAGCAGGCGCUGCAGCGCGUGGCCGCCUCCAUGCCGAGCAACCUCUUCACCACGCUCUCCGCGGUGGCCGGGCAGACGCCGCAGUUUGCCAAC